AUGCAGAAGAACACACGUGGCUUCAUCUACGUAAACUACAAUAGCUCCACUACUCAGAUUACAACUACUAAUGCUGGCGGUGUGCUAACUCCAGCCAAGAUUACUUCCAUCUACAACAACAUGAACUUCGGUAACACCUGCCCUAUUCUUUACAACCUCAACUCGGCUAACGGCAAUGCAUCAUACGCUGCAGCAAAUGGAACAGGUCUCUCGCUUCCAGCUUCAAUCUGCACCUUGAAUAUUACUGCAGACGCGAAUGGCACGCCGACGCAGGGUACUAACAUCACUCCAUCACAAGCGUUCUCGCGAUUGUUAGUUCCGACGUAUAGUCCAAACCCGUCAGCUGACAAUGCAUUGAUCCAGAAGAAAACUUUCCGUUACUUUGAGCGCGUGACAAAUAAGUUUACCGUUCUUCAAAUCAGUCGUUUACAUGGACGGUUUCGAACGGCAUCGCUAAUCCCAAGAAGCUAA